GUCAACGCCGUCGCGUAGUUACGGCUAUAAACACUGUCGUAGUUUUGCUCGGUUGCUGCGGAUCCUCGGGUUUAUAGACUUUUCCAUUUCGUGCAUUUUGUUUGUUUGUGAGUUUGUUGUUCUAUUGUGAGAUUCUCUGAUGGCAGCAGAAGCGCAGGAGGUUUUGAAACUACAACUCGAAGCCGUUAUUGGGUUCAACGGUCAUGUGUUCUCUGGACUGCAAGUUCACCCGGACCGAGAGCAUCUGAUCUACCCGCUCGGCUGCACGCUGAUCAUUAAGAACCUGAGGGACUGGAAGCAGGACUUCCUCCACGGACACACCAACAAUGUCUCCUGCGUCUCUGUGUCCAGGAGUGGGACGUACAUUGCUUCAGGACAGGUCACCUUCAUGGGCUUUAAGGCUGAUGUAAUCAUCUGGGAUUACGCUAAAAGAGACAUUCACGCUCGGCUCAUCCUCCACAAAGCCAAAGUCGAAGCGCUUGCUUUCUCUCCGAAUGAGAAAUACCUGGUGUCUCUGGGAGGACAAGAUGACGGCAGUAUCGUGGUGUGGAGCUUGGAGAAGAAGGAGGCGAUCUGUGGGAGUCCGGCGUCGGCUCACAGCGCAGGUCACUGUCUCACCAUCAGCUACUGCAACCUCAGUGAUGACGUCUUCAUCUCAGCCGGAGAUGGUACGCUCCGUGUGUGGGAGCUCGACCUCCCCAACAGGAAGAUUCGCCCCACUGAGUGUCAGACAGGGCAGUUAAAGAGGGUUAUUAAGUACAUAGAGAUCCCAGAGGACGACGCUUUCUUUUACUGCGGCACCACGAGCGGAGACAUCCUCAAAGUGAACCUGAAGAGUCGCCUGCUGAACAGCUGUGGUCCAGUGAAGCACAAAUUCAGCAAAGGUGUAAAUGCUUUAAAGAUGUUGAAGACAGGAGAUUUGUUGGUGGGAUCAGGAGACGGAACUUUCAGCCUCUGCUCCGUGACGAACUUCAAAAUCAUCAAGAGUGUGAUGCUGGAGGGCGGCGUGUCGUCCGUGGCUCUGCGUGGUGAAGGUCAGCAGGUGUAUGUUGGCACUGAGGCGUCUCAGAUUUACAGGUUCAGCUACACGGACUUCACUCCGGAGCUCAUUGCCACCAGCCACAGCAGUGCGGUUUGGGACGCAGCCUUUCCUGUAGGAACGUCGGAACUCUUCGCCUCUUGUUCUCAGGAUGAUAUCCGUGUUUGGCACACAGAGUCUAGUAAAGAGCUGUUACGGAUCCGAGUCCCGAACAUGACGUGUAACGCGGUGGGUUUCAUGAGGGACGGCCGGAGCAUCUACAGCGCGUGGAACGAUGGGAAAAUCCGCCUGUUCGCUCCCGAGAGUGGCCGUCUGAUGUUGGUGAUCCCCAACGCUCACAGUAUGGGCGUGACGGCGUUAAAGAGCACCAGCGACUGCAAACGCCUCGUUAGUGGAGGAGGAGAGGGACAGGUGCGAGUCUGGGAGAUCCUGCAGAACACACACAGACUUAUUGCCAGCAUGAAGGAGCACCAAGCUUCAGUCAACGCCAUCAAGAUUAAAAGUAAUGAUGAGGAGUGUGUGACGGCGAGCUCAGACGGAACCUGCAUCAUCUGGGACCUGGUGCGCUUUGUGAGAAAUCAGAUGGUUUUGGUGAACACACUGUGCAAAAGCGUCUGCUAUCAUCCUCAAGAAUAUCAGAUUAUCACCAGCGGAACGGACCGGAAGGUUGGCUACUGGGAGGUGUAUGAUGGAGCAGCCAUUAGAGAGCUAGAGGUCUCACAGUCGGGGGCCAUUAACGGCAUGGACAUCAGCGCUGAGGGAGGACAUUUCAUCACCGGUGGUGAUGAGAAGCUGGUGAAGGUGUGGCGUUACACUGAUGGUGAUGUCACUCACGUGGGCGUCGGCCACAGCGGCAGCAUCAGCAGUGUCUGUUUGUGUCCCAACAGCAGAUUUAUCAUCAGCACCAGCACAGAUGGAGCUGUGCUCAGAUGGAGAUUCCCACACCUCACAUAAACCACACCCACAAACAUAAGCACACCUACAAACACAUAAACCACACCCACAAACAUAAGCACACCUACAAAUACAUAAACCACACCUACAAACAUAAGCACACCCACAAACACAUUAACCGCACCCAUAAACAUAAACCACACCCACAAACAUAUAAACCACACCUGCAAACAUAAACACACCCAUGAACAUAAGCACACCCACAAACUCAUAAACCACACCCAUAAACAUAAACCACACCCACAAACACAUAAGCCACACCCACAAACAUACAAACACAUAAGGGACACCCACAAACACUGAGACCACACCCAAAAACACAGAAAUCGCACACACAACUUUGUCCACAGGACAAAACAUGGACAUACACACAGUUAUGCACUAAAGAUAAUAUUUUCUAAUAUAUUUCUGCAAGGAACUCUUUUUCAUUUUCUCCAAUCCACCAAAUAAGUGCUGCCAUUUUGACAAUUUAAACCUCCUCAAAAGUAAGUUUAAAUUUAAUCCCUAACUGAAAUUUAAAUCUGAGUUUAAAGUGAUUGAGCAACAAGAUUAUAUUUAAUCCAGGUGAAAUGUGAUGGUUUAAUUGUAAGCCUGCUUAUUUUUAAACAAGGUUUAAAGUUUGGUGCAACAGAAUUAUUAGAUAAACCUUGAUUUAAUCUAGAUUUAAGCUUAAUCCUUGUUGGUGCAACCCACCCUGAGUUUAAUUAUUUCUGACUUUUAUCAUAUAAUAUUAGUUAGUUUAGUGUGAGUUUUGAGUUCCUGUUAGAUUUUAUUUUUAUUUUUAUUUGUCUUUUCCAUUUUUCUUUAUCACCACACACAGUGUCUAAUUAUCAGAAAUCACCUUUAUUUGGUUGUCUUUUUUCUUUAAAUUCAGGAUAUUCCCUGAAAUGCACAAAUGUUGCUUCAAUAAAUGCAAAAAGAAAAUUCA